UGCUCUCGUGAGCCUGCUCGGCUCCUCCUCCUCUUCCCCCCCCCUCCGAUCGGACCGUGGUCCCCUUGGCUUGGGGCUUCUCCUGCCCUCCUUCGCCGCUCGUCGGGCGGCCUAAGAAGAAACUUCACUGGGUUAAAGAAAAAACCCAGUUGCUGCUGUACAGCAGCAGCUACCCAGCUGCUGUUGUGCCUGAGAAUCUUCAGUUCAGUUCCAAAACUUGCUUGAACACUUGUCAAAUGACGUCAAUGGCCAGCCUGUUCUCUUUUACUAGCCCAGCUGUAAAGCGUCUUUUGGGCUGGAAACAAGGCGAUGAAGAGGAAAAAUGGGCAGAAAAAGCAGUUGAUGCUCUGGUUAAAAAACUGAAAAAGAAAAAAGGAGCCAUGGAGGAGCUGGAGAAAGCACUGAGCAGUCCUGGACAACCCAGUAAAUGCGUUACUAUUCCUCGUUCGUUAGAUGGGCGACUUCAAGUUUCUCACCGCAAGGGCCUUCCUCAUGUUAUUUACUGUCGUGUUUGGCGUUGGCCUGACCUGCAGAGUCAUCACGAGCUGAAGCCGUUGGACGUUUGUGAAUUUCCUUUUGGAUCUAAGCAGAAGGAAGUCUGCAUCAAUCCAUAUCAUUACAAAAGGGUAGAGAGCCCAGUUCUGCCUCCAGUAUUGGUGCCAAGGCAUAGUGAAUUCAACCCACAGCAUAGCCUUCUGGUUCAGUUCAGGAACCUGAGUCACAAUGAACCGCACAUGCCACACAAUGCUACUUUUCCAGAUUCGUUCCAGCAGCCUAACAGCACUCCAUUUCCCAUUUCUCCAAGUAGUCCGUAUCCACCUUCUCCAGGCGGCAGUACUUACCCAAAUUCGCCAGCCAGUUCUGGACCUUCUAGUCCAUUUCAGCUACCAGCAGAUACACCACCACCAGCAUAUAUGCCUCCUGAAGAUCAAAUGGGGCAAGAUAAUUCACAGUCUAUGGACACAAGCAAUAAUAUGAUCUCUCAGAUAAUGCCAAAUAUUUCCAGUAGAGAUGUUCACCCUGUGGCCUAUGAAGAGCCCAAGCACUGGUGUUCAAUUGUGUAUUAUGAAUUAAACAAUCGAGUUGGGGAGGCAUUUCUUGCAUCUUCCACUAGUAUUUUAGUAGACGGUUUUACAGAUCCUUCUAAUAACAAGAACAGGUUCUGCUUAGGUUUGCUCUCCAAUGUCAAUCGCAACUCAACAAUUGAGAACACCAGGAGACACAUUGGAAAAGGUGUUCAUCUCUACUAUGUUGGUGGUGAAGUCUAUGCCGAAUGCCUGAGUGACAGCAGCAUAUUUGUACAGAGUCGGAAUUGCAACUACCAUCAUGGAUUUCACCCUACAACUGUCUGCAAAAUUCCUAGCGGCUGCAGCCUGAAGAUUUUUAACAACCAGGAAUUCGCUCAGCUUCUAGCUCAGUCGGUCAAUCAUGGAUUUGAGGCAGUAUACGAGCUCACCAAAAUGUGCACAAUUCGGAUGAGUUUUGUGAAGGGAUGGGGAGCAGAAUAUCAUCGGCAAGAUGUCACAAGCACUCCAUGCUGGAUAGAAAUCCAUCUUCAUGGGCCUCUGCAGUGGCUGGAUAAAGUACUCACCCAGAUGGGAUCCCCUCUUAAUCCCAUCUCUUCUGUUUCAUAGUGCCAAAGAAGUUUUUUCAACCAUAACUUUAGUGACCAUUUUCUAAUUCUACAGACACUUCCAGUGUGGAUACUGUAAGAACAUACUACACAUUAGCUUUCUUCUAGCAAUGACCAAUUCCAUUGUUUUUUAUCGCUCUUCGUUUGAUUUUUUGAUAUUAAGGAAACAGCCAAGUUGGGAAGAAAACUGAGAAUUCAGGAUUUUAUUUUUCCUUGAUACACAUAUUUAAUAAUCAUCAACUCCACUGAAAAUAUUUUUAUGUGUCUUCUAGGAACACAUUUUGAACUGGUUCUUUUUUUCGGAGGGGGGAGGGAAUAACAUUUAUCUUUUUCCUAAAUUUGUUUAUUUCCAGUUUACAAGUUUUUAAUGUUGUAUAAUGGAUAAUGUCCGUAAACAAAGCUAGCUUUAUUACACCCAAGAUUGCCUUUAGCUUGAGUAAAUAAUGUGACUUAAGUAUAUACAUGUUAAAAACACGUUACAGAUAGUGGUAUUAGAAUGCAUUACUGCAAGUUCUGUGGUAAAUAGUGGUUUUAUCUAUACCCCAGUUCAAUUUAAUACUGCCUUUACAGUGCAAUUGUAUGCAUGUAUACUCAAUGGAACAUUGAGCUACUGGAACUUACUCCCAGACAAGUGUAAAUAGGAUGCUGUCUUUAGUCAAUUGUUCUUAAACAUUUGAUUCAAGACACUCUGUUUUGCUUAGACUAGUCAGUAUUUUCCCUUGACUUACAUUCAUGCUGUGGGCUAGGCCUUGACAAAGUGUAGCUUUUUAGGAAAUCCAUGCCUUUUAUAGUGCAAAACAGUGCCAUUUUGUAAAUAACAUUACGAGGCAUUGCUCACCUUUCCAUUUUAUUUUGCCUCUCUGUAGCUGGUAUCCUGGAGGCUUCCUAAUGUCACACUUGGUUUUAAUAAUCACACACACACACACACACACACACACACAGUAUUAAUGAAUGUCCUUCCUAAUGUUACUGCUGGUUUUAAUAAUUCCCCUCCUCCAGUAUUAAUUACAACCGUGGUGUACUUUACAUUUAUAACCAGAAUAUCAGGACUCUCACUUUGCUAAGUGAUGCCUUUUAAAUUACUGAGGCAGACUAGGCCUUCGAUAACAAAAAGAUCAUUGCCAUUUGGUGGCUGGAGCCUAAUAGAAGAAGUCAAGGAUCUUAAGCCCUCAUAUAACACAGCAGCUCUUCAGCAUCAUCUGUCAAAUGAAUUGUCAGUUUUAUGGCCUUUUGUUAAUAAACCUACUAAAGGGCUCUAACUGAUGCAGAGAUGAAUGGUAGGAUUUUGGUGAAUAUGGAUAUGAAUGUGGAAGUCCUCCUGUCUUAAGAGGCUACUGGUGGUGUCCAUUCAGGCAUAUUUCUUUAUCAGUACAAGUGGGGGGGGAUGUAUGCCUAAGUAUCCAGCAAUUACCAGUGCAGUUAAAUCUGAUAAAGUUUCUGGAAGUUCUCCCUUCCCUCAGCAACCCAAGAAGGCCUGUAUUCUUUUGCCAUGUAUUUUCGUUUGCUUUAGGAUGCUAAAGCCAACGCUAAGUACCAUACUAAAUGCAUUGGCUUCUGAAGAUGUGGUCCACCAAAAAUAGUUCUCAGUGAGCCUUUCCCCAGUGACAGUAGUUAAAGCUACGCUUUCUCUAUGGGACCACCUGUUUCUAGUCCUAUGUGGAUUCUACCCAGACUACAGGUGGUGGUGGUUGCCUUCAUUUUAAAGCUUAGCAUUCUGAGGAUGCUGAAGCCUUUACCCAGAAUUGGUGGUGGCAGAACGCAAUUUCUAGUCCCUAUGGCUCUGAAGAUAGCCUUCUAGCUUACAGAUUUCUAGCUGUGUAGGAUUUCCAGUGAUGGUCGAGGCUUUGAUGCCCUGUGUAGCAACUUGGCUUCCCACUGAAACAGAAUAAAAGGAUGCAAAUCCGAAGUCUGGCUUUACUGGGAUGGGAUAUGUUUUUCCCUAGCCAGCUUUGAUCAAUAGCUGUUCCCUGCCCUCUUACCAAGAUGUGAUGUCUGGCUGUGCCUUCAGCUAUAGCUGGUGGAGGGGAUUUCUCAGGGGAAUGAAAUCUAGAGAGAGUAAAUGGAGCAGGAAUGGCCAGGAGGGUAGGCUGUGGUCUGCUUGUUGAUACUGGGAUUCUUGCAGAAAAUGUCGAUUGGCUGUGAUCUAAUCCAGCAAAGCACUUCUUAUGUUAAGUGAGUGUAUACCUGAGAUCACUGAACACAGGUGAAACAGUUGAGACAUCAGAGUAUGUAUUUGUGCUUUAUUAAUUUUAAAACCAAUUAGUGGUGGGGAAAAUAGGCCACACAAGACUGAAGUUGACUUCUCCCAAAUUUAAAAGAUCAGCUACUUUAAAGACUCCUGGAAUUGCUUUGCUGAUCACACAGAGCUAACUAUCUGUAGUCUAUGGUUAGAUGGUGAGAGGAGUGUUAAUCAUGUUCCCACAACUCCUUAAAUGCUGGUAAGCUCAGUAUUGGCCGUAGUCACUGCCAUACUUUAUUGCAGGAAGUGAACUCUUAAUUGUGUAUUCUAUGGUGACAUGUUUGUGAGGAAACUUUCAAAACUCUAGAAGACUAUGAAAAGGCUACUUGGUUAUUAGCAAAUGUGAUCGUGUGGAACAUCUGGACAUAGUCAUGUUUGUAAAUUUUAAUGGAUCUACUCCCAAGUCAAACUUAGUUGAAUGCCACCCAUCAGUGCCACGGAAGUUGUGUUGUGCUUAUAUGGUAGUCCUGCCAGGGUCUUCAAGAAUUUACAUAUUAUAAUAAAUACUUUGAAAUUGCCUUAAAGGGAAAACAAAUAUGACUUUCACAAAGUUGUACCAUUCUUUUGUAUACAUACUAGUUUCUACUUGAUUUUAGAAGCAAAAAACCCCACCCUUUCCCAGUCUUUCUUUUUUUAAAAAAGAGAAGUAGAUGGUCUUAUUUUGUUGCCUUAUAUUUUAGUCAACUCCUUGCUUAAAACUACAGCCAAUAUUUGCCUUUGCUGGGCAUGCUGCUAGCUGAGCAAGAUCUGCUGGGGUGUUCUCCUGUGCAAACCUCACGGAAAUUACCAGGAGCUGCACAGGGGGAAUUGCUCCCCAGAAGUUGUAGUGGCUCCAGAUGUUCUGUGUUUGCACUUGACCACCUUGCCUAUAUAACACUAAAGAUGAUACCAUCUUUUAACACAUUUCAUUGAAUUAAAAACAAUAAAUGAUUUGCAAGUUAAUUCUGCCGUGUUAAAAGAUUUGGCCUUUGUAACUAACUUCCUGAAGAUUCCUACUCUUUAAGCCAUCUAAAAGCCUUAAGAGUGUUUGCCAGGUACCAGUACUAACCAGACCUUCUGACUUUGCAUGCAGUCUGAGCAAUAUUACUCUGUGUAUGCAGUCAAAAAAAAUAUGUAUUGCACUUUUCAAGAGCAAGAAUAGUACAUAAAUUGCUAGUGCAUUUUUUUUUGGGGGGGGGGGAGACUAUUACCAGCAAUGAUAUGAGUAAACUUGCUCCUGGUUUUCCCUUUAUCCUUUGGAGGGAGAAACUUAUUAAAUGCUGAUACAUCAGCUUGCCUUUUUGUUGUGAUUCUCCAUCUCUAAGAUUUACUUGUAUAUUCAGACUGAGUUGCCAAUUAUUUAGUUCUGUUUCAGUGGAUGUGUAGGCAUCUGACAUAGGUUUCACUACAAGCUGCCAUGCUUGCAUUGUGGUGUAUGUAAGAAUGGAAGGAGACUUAUUUGUUUCCAGAUUUAGCUUGAGUCACGGUGUUCUCAUUUUUGUAGAAACUGAGUAGACUAUCUCAUUCUUGCAGUUUACAACUUUUUAUGCCUAUCGCUGGCCUCUUUUGGCCAUCUCUUUUUUGGGGGAGAGUAAAUGGCCAUCCAACCACCCAUGGAGGAUAUGUGCUUUGACUUUGUUCUCAAUAAUACUUCUGGUGGGUAUUAAGAGGUACUAGACAAAUUAACUUCAGCGUAAAUUGCAAGUUUUCAUUGGAAAAUUGAUUUAACUAUAUUGUGCAAGAUUCUUGUUGCAUCUGGCUAGAUUGCUGACUUGCUGAAGGGACCAAAAUGUGCCUCUGGAUUAAUUUAUUUUAAAAAAUUCUAAAAUGCCCUACUUUCUUUCUACUUCGUCUUCACAAUAACUAAAGUUGGUUCUACAGCAAGCAUGGAUGAAUUCAGGUUUGAAUCUUCUGGCUGAAUUAAGAAUUCAAACAUCUCACAUCCAAAAUUUCUGUUCUCUUACGGCAUCACACUUUCUACUCCUACAGAUAAUCUAUGUAAAAUGCUGUUUCACAAAAGUAACUAUGUAACAGCCUUGUAAUUUGAAUAUUUUUAAAAAACCAUGCAUUUAUUUCACAGUAUUACUAAUGUUUACCUGAUAAAAACAGACGGUCUUGUAGUCUGUGCCUGGAAAACAUCUAAAUAUGUCAAACACUUUCUCCCUCAAGCUAAUAAAGAGUUAUUAUUGCCUGAAUUGUUGCUAGAUAGCAGUAUUUUAAAAUAAAAACAACCUUUUUGGGCAGCA